AUGCCCAACAGCGAAGAUAUGAAACAACGAAUACGCGACGGUGAGAUUCUCAUCGGUGUGGCCGCGCCGCUCAACGCCUCAAAGAGCCUGAUGGAGGACACCCUCGGCAAAGACGACUACGCCUUCAUCCACACCGACAGCCAGCACGGUCCAUUCAACGAGGAAACGCUCGUGCAGUUCUGCGCCAACGCCGCCGAGCUCGACAUCCCCGUGCAGUUCCGCAUCAAGCACACCCGCCACGCAUACCUCAUCGGCAACCUGGUUGACCUCGGGCCCGCAGGUAUCGAAGUGCCGCAGGUCGAAGAACUGUCUGUUGCGCAGGAAGCCGUGGACUACUUCUACUACCCGCAGUUCGGCAAGCGAAGCUGGGGCGGCGCAGCCCGCUGGAAGGUGCAGGGCCGCGAGGACAGGCUUGAGUACGCCGAGUGGUGGAACAGCCAUGGCUGGCUAUGCCUGCAAAUGGAGUCCAUACUCGCAACCAGCAACGCCCGCCUGCUCGCAAUGGAAGGUGUGGACUGCCUCACCUGGGGACCAAACGACCUUCUCGGCGACAUCGAGAAGCAUCCCAAGCACCCAUUCCAGAGCGUGGACGACUGCGUGAAGCACGUACUCACCCAGCUUGAGGGCAGCACCACCCGCGUCUCCUUCCGCAGCUACGAUCCCGCCCUGCGCAGCAAGUACAUCGACAUGGGCGUAACCAUCCUCAUGGAAAACCCCAAGCCGUAA